AUGCCAACGGAAGGGAUCACCGAUGACACCCAAUUUUCAUCUCAAGAGGAGGAUUCCUCCUCCACAGGCCCACCCACGCGCGAGGAGCUCCUAACCCGCUACCCAGCAAAGUUCACCUGGAACCAGUUGAAGACGUUCGUAAACUCUGGUGAUCUUGGUCUGCUAAAACGCGACCGCAAACUGCAGAAACGCUACGAUGACUGGGUGGCGGGGAUAGUCAAGCAACACGGAUCUAUGGUCAACUACCUUUUGAACUACCGUUUGCAAUGGGGUAAAACGGACGCUCUGUCCCUGUUGACCUCUUCCCUCAAUGAAGAAGCGUUCGACGAGCCAACUACCAACGGUCACACCUCCGUCGUCGAAACUCCAUAUUUCUGCGUCGAGACGCCCCGGCAGUUCAUCAGCGUCAUCCAGAACGACUGGCCCUACUCCGUCCCCCCAGAAGUCGAACACACCCUCAUAUGGACAAAACGCCCCAUCUACCACCCCUCCCUCGUCGCCGAUUCCGUGAAACCCCGCAUCGAGCAAGACGGGCUAUGGGGUUUCACAGGAACUUUAUUCCCGCCCCCAUCGCCAUCUACCCUUCCUUCGUGCCUCCCCGCGCUGGCGGAGUGGGGCAUCACGAUUGAUAGUCUUGUUAGGUGGGCGCCUGGGACGGAGGAGGAGGAUGUGUUGGUGAGGAGGGCGGGGAAGGAGGUGGAUAGGUAUGUUAAGAUGAGGUGGCGAGAGGGGGAGUGGGAGACGGCGUGGUUUGUGAACCCUCCUAGAUUACAGAGCGUUCCGGGUCUAGCGCAUAUUCAUGUUUUUGCACGUAGAUUGAAGCAAUUGGCUUGA